CUAGAAUGUGUGGAUGACCUGUCUGGUGGGUUCCUAGACGCUCUAGGGAAAGUUCCCGGUCAGUGUGUAUUUCCCGCAGUGGGACCUGGUUACAAAGACAAAAGGUAGCCCGAGAUCGCCAGUCGACGCCGGACCUUCAGAGUGUGUACACGUUAACUUGGAAGCUACCUACCCUCAGCGUCUUCACGACUGUGUUGGAGUUCACACUGCUUGAGAUGACUCGCCUUCACGUCCUCCUCGUCCUGGUCAUUACUCUCAUCCUGGGCAGCCAAUCAUCUGCCCAUGGCUACCAAAGGUUCCUCAGGUUCGCCCAUCACGGAGGUGGUUUCGGCAACCCGGGAUUCUUUGGUAGAGUUAUCCAGGGAGGUAACAUCGGAGGUUUUCCUGGAGGUAACAGCGGAGGUUUUCCUGGAGGUAACUUCGGAAAUGGACGUUUUCCUGGGGGUAACAUCGGAGGUGGAGGCUUUCCAGGGGGUAACCUUGGAGGCGGUAGAUUCCCAGGAGUCAAUCCAGGAGUCGGAACUACGAGACCCAACACUGUCAGCAGGCCUGGAGGAGGCAGCUGUCCACCAGCUCGUCCAGCCUGCCCGGCCACCAGGGCAAGACCACAACAAUGCACCGCCGACAGCGAGUGCUUACAGAACCGCAAGUGUUGCUUUGAUUCCUGCGUCCAGACCGAAGUUUGCAAGUCCGUUGUUUAAUCAGUCCAUAAACCAGCUAGUCCGUAGUCCAUCAAGUAAACAGUUCAGCCAGUCAGUAAGGACCAUUCAUCAACAACAGUGGUUGUUAGUAAAAGUGUUCUUGUGGUCCAAAGUAUUUAUCUACGUUUAAUAAUUAUGGUUACAUUUCUAGAUCAACAAAAUUUCAGUAUUAGAAAAGCCGAAAGUGUAUAAAAUAUAUAGGAAAGGUGUUUAUUUUGUGUAUGAAAAUAACUUCCUCUUUUAUAAAAAAAUCUGUCAAUUGUUAAAUUUAAAUCCUCGUGACAGUAUACACCAUCACAAAUAAUUCUCAAUAUAUGGAAUACAUCAGAAAACAUGUUUUAGUUACCUUCUGUAUGAACCUUGAAAAUUUUUUAUUAAUAAAACAUGAAUAUUUAUA